AUGGACGUAGAAGAUAUCCACAGCGCUCCCAAGACUGUGAGGUCCGUAAUUGCUGCGCCUAGAGCAUCUGGUCCACCCAUCGCAGCACCAAGGAUGCAAAGCGCCAUGGCUUCGCACAGCCAAUCAUCUGCAGCAGCAGUCAGAGAUGCAAACGAGAAGCAGUUUGAUGAGCAUCUGCCUCCACGAUGCAGUCUAUGUCGUCAACCUCACGUCCUGAAGAGGUGCACUAUCUUCAAGAGCACGAAGUCCGCUCAACGCCAACAGAUCGCCAGAGCCCACGGAUCCUGUAUGACUUGCUUGGCAGAUAGUCACUCCACCUUUGACUGUAUGACCGACGGAUCGUGUCAAUAUUGCCAACGACCGCAUCAUACUUUGUUUCAUCGAUUCCCUCGACGAGCAAAUCCGUCCACACCACAGACCAGUCACCGGCACAGACAACAAGGGAAUCCCGUCCAGCGCCAAAGAGUACAUCCCCGAAGCCAUCCAGAGGGGCACGCUCACGCGGCAAAGAUCAACCGGAUUGAACGCCGUAGUGAGCACUCUGCAACAGUUGCAAAGACUUCUAGGCAAUUAAUUCGCCUAGGGGGGCCG